UUGAUUUCUUCUUCUUCUUCUUCUUCUUCUUCUUCUUCUUCAUCUUCUUCUUCCUUUAUCUGCUUUCUUCUUCUUCUCCUUAAUCAUCAACUUUUCUUUCUCUUUCUUCCUCCUUAUCCUCCACCUUUUUCUGAUUUCUUCUUCUUCUUCUUCUUCUUCUUCUGCCUUCUUCUUCUUCUUCUUCUUCUUCAUCUUUUCCUUCUUCUUCCUUCUUUUCCUCCACCUUUAUCUGAUUUCUUCUUCUUCUUCCUUUAUCUCGUGCCACCUUUCACGUUUUCUUGUGUCUUUUCCAUCAAAUUCACUUGCUUCUUCUUCUUCUUCUUCUUCUUCUUCUUCUUCUUCUUCUUCUUCUUCUUUCAUCUACUCCACCUUUAUCUGAUUUCUUCUUCUUCCUUUAUCUGUUUCUUCUUCUUCUUCUUCUUCUUCUUCUUCUUCUUCUUCUUCUUCUUCUUCUUCUUCUUUUCUAUGUCUUACAUUUUCUCUACUGCUUUUCUUUCUUUAUCUUUCUUCCUCCACACACUUUUUCCUCCUUUUCCCCCCACAUCGCCUGCUUUGUCUUUCUCAUUUCCCAGCUUCUAUCUUCUUCUUAUUCUCUUUCUUUUUUUCCUCUUUCCCCCUUUUCUUUGUCGUCAUUUUGCCCACUCCACCUCCUCCCUCUUACAACCGUUUCUUCUUUUACUUGUUUGUUCAUCAUCAUCAACUUGUUUUUCUCUUUCUUUCUUUCUUUCUUUCUUUCUUUCUUUCUUUCUUUCCCUUUCAACUCUCACUUUGCCGUUUCUCUCGCAUCCAUUCUGUCAAUACAUUAUUUCUUUUUCUUUCUGGUCUUUUCUCUCUUCGGGUUCUAUCCAUAUCUAUCUAUCUAUCUACCUAUCUACCUACCUAUCUACCUACCUACCUAUCUACCUAUCUAUCUAUUUACACUAUCUACAUUCUUCGGACUAUUCUCCUCAUUUUUUUUUAUCGCUUCCUCCUCCUCCUCUCUCUCUCUCUCUCUCUCUCUCUGAAUUUCUCGUUAUCAUCCCCUUUUCGUCUUUCUUCUUAAUAUUCUAUUUUACGGCUUUUAUGUUUUUUCAUUGUUUGUCUUCUAUUUUCUUCAUUUAUCUGUUGUUUUACUCUAUCGUCUUGUUAUUCUUCUUCAUUUCUUUUUGUUUUCUUCUUCUUAGUCUUUGUUUCCAACGCAUCGUUAAUUUCUUUCUUUUUUUUUCUUUCUUUAUUAUACGGUCCAAGCCUUUUCUUUUUGUCCUUUUCACCGUCUUUUCAUUGUCUUUUUUCUAUGUUUAUUAUACGGUCCAAGCCUUUUUCUUCUUUGUCCUUUUCACCGUCUUUUCAUUGUCUUUUUUUCUUUGUUUAUUAUACGGUCCAAGCCUUUUCUUCUUUUGUCCUUUUCACCGUCUUUUCAUUGUCUUUUUUUUCUUUGUUUAUUAUACGGUCCAAGCCUUUUCUUCUUUGUCCUUUUCACCGUCUUUUUCAUUGUCUUUUUUUCUUUGUUUAUUAUACGGUCCAAGCCUUUUCUUCUUUGUCCUUUUCACCGUCUUUUCAUUGUCUUUUUUUCUUUGUUUAUUAUACGGUCCAAGCCUUUUUCUUCUUUGUCCUUUUCACCGUCUUUUCAUUGUCUUUUUUUCUUUGUUUAUUAUACGGUCCAAGCCUUUUCUUCUUUGUCCUUUUCACCGUCUUUUUAUUGUCUUUUUUUCUUUGUUUAUUAUACGGUCCAAGCCUUUUCUUCUUUGUCCUUUUCACCGUCUUUUCAUUGUCUUUUUUUUCUUUGUUUAUUAUACUGUCCAGGCCUUUUCUUCUUUGUCCUUUUCACCGUCUUUUCAUUGCCUUUUUUUUUCUUUGUUUAUUAUACGGUCCAAGCCUUUUCUUCUUUGUCCUUUUCACCGUUUUUUCAUUGUCUUUUUUCUUUAUUUAUUUUACGGUCCAAGCGUUUUCUUCUUUGUCCUUUUCACCGUCUUUUCAUUGCCUUUUUUUUAUUUAUUUAUUAUACGGUCCAAGCCUUUUCUUCUUUGUCCUUUUCACCGUUUUUUCAUUGUCUUUUUUCUUUCUUUAUUUUACGGUCCAAGCCUUUUCUUCUUUGUCCUUUUCACCGUCUUUUCAUUGCCUUUUUUUUCUUUGUUUAUUAUACGGUCCAAGCCUUUUCUUCUUUGUUCUUUUCACCGUCUUUUCAUUGUCUUUUUUUCUUUGUUUAUUAUACGGUCCAAGCCUUUUCUACUUUGUCCUUUUCACCGUUUUUUCAUUGUCUUUUUUCUUUCUUUAUUAUACGGUCCAAGCCUGUUCUUCUUUGUCCUUUUCACCGUCUUUUUCAUUGUCUUUUUUCUUUUUUUUUAUUUUACGGUCCAAGCCUUUUCUUCUUUGUCCUUUUCACCGUCUUUUUCAUUGCCUUUUUUUUUUUUUUGUUUUAUUAUACGGUCCAAGCCUUUCCUUCUUUGUCCUUUUCACCGUCUUUUUCAUUGUCUUUUUUUUCUUUCUUUUUAUUAUACGGUCCAAGCCUGUUCUUCUUUGUCCUUUUCACCGUCUUUUUUCAUUGUCUUUUUUUUUUUCUUUUAUUAUACGGUUCAAGCCUUUUCUUCUUUGUCCUUUUCACCGUCUUUUUCAUUGCCUUUUUUUUUUUUUUUGUUUAUUAUACGGUCCAAGCCUUUUCUUCUUUGUCCUUUUCACCGUCUUUUUCAUUGCCUUUUUUUUUCUUUUUUUUUAUUAUACGGUUCAAGCCUUUUCUUCUUUGUCCUUUUCACCGUCUUUUCAUUGCCUUUUUUUUUUUUUUGUUUAUUAUACGGUCCAAGCCUUUUCUUCUUUGUCCUUUUCACCGUCUUUUCAUUGCCUUUUUUUUUUCUUUUUUUGUUUAUUAUACGGUCCAAACCUUUCCUUCUUUGUCCUUUUCACCGUCUUUUCAUUGCCUUUUUUUUUUUUCUUUUAUUAUACGGUUCAAGCCUUUUCUUCUUUUUGUCCUUUUUCACCGUCUUUUCAUUGCCUUUUUUUUUCUUUGUUUAUUAUACGGUCCAAGCCUUUUCUUCUUUGUCCUUUUCACUGUCUUUUCAUUGCCUUUUUUUUUCUUUGUUUAUUAUACGGUCCAAGCCUUUCCUUCUUUGUCCUUUUCACCGUCUUUUCAUUGUCAUUUUUUCUUUGUUUAUUAUACGGUCCAAGCCUUUCCUUCUUUGUCCUUUUCACCGUCUUUUCAUUGUCUUUUUUUUCUUUGUUUAUUAUACGGUCCAAGCCUUUUCUUCUUUGUACUUUUCACCGUCUUUUCAUUGGCUUUUUUUUUCUUUGUUUAUUAUACGGUCCAAGCCUUUUCUUCUUUGUCCUUUUCACCGUUAUUUCAUUGUCUUUUUUCUUUGUUUACUAUACGGUCCAAGCCUUUUCUUCUUUGUUCUUUUCACCGUCUUUUCAUUGUCUUUUUUUCUUUGUUUAUUAUACGGUCCAAGCCUUUUCUACUUUGUCCUUUUCACCGUUUUUUCAUUGUCUUUUUUCUUUCUUUAUUAUACGGUCCAAGCCUGUUCUUCUUUGUCCUUUUCACCGUCUUUUCAUUGUCUUUUUUCUUUCUUUAUUUUACGGUCCAAGCCUUUUCUUCUUUGUCCUUUUCACCGUCUUUUCAUUGCCUUUUUUUUUCUUUGUUUAUUAUACGGUCCAAGCCUUUCCUUCUUUGUCCUUUUCACCGUCUUUUCAUUGUCUUUUUUUCUUUCUUUAUUAUACGGUCCAAGCCUGUUCUUCUUUGUCCUUUUCACCGUCUUUUCAUUGUCUUUUUUUCUUUCUUUAUUAUACGGUUCAAGCCUUUUCUUCUUUGUCCUUUUCACCGUCUUUUCAUUGCCUUUUUUUUUCUUUGUUUAUUAUACGGUCCAAGCCUUUUCUUCUUUGUCCUUUUCACCGUCUUUUCAUUGCCUUUUUUCUUUCUUUAUUAUACGGUUCAAGCCUUUUCUUCUUUGUCCUUUUCACCGUCUUUUCAUUGCCUUUUUUUUCUUUGUUUAUUAUACGGUCCAAGCCUUUUUCUUCUUUGUCCUUUUCACCGUCUUUUUCAUUGCCUUUUUUUUUUUUUUUUGUUUAUUAUACGGUCCAAACCUUUCCUUCUUUUUCCUUUUCACCGUCUUUUUCAUUGCCUUUUUUUUUUUCUUUAUUAUACGGUUCAAGCCUUUUCUUCUUUUUGUCCUUUUCACCGUCUUUUUUUCAUUGCCUUUUUUUUUUUUUUUUUUGUUUAUUAUACGGUCCAAGCCUUUUCUUCUUUGUCCUUUUCACUGUCUUUUCAUUGCCUUUUUUUUUCUUUGUUUAUUAUACGGUCCAAGCCUUUCCUUCUUUGUCCUUUUCACCGUCUUUUCAUUGUCAUUUUUUCUUUGUUUAUUAUACGGUCCAAGCCUUUCCUUCUUUGUCCUUUUCACCGUCUUUUCAUUGUCUUUUUUCUUUCUUUAUUAUACGGUCCAAGCCUUUUCUUCUUUGUCCUUUUCACCGUCUUUUCAUUGUCUUUUUUCUUUCUUUAUUAUACGGUUCAAGCCUUUUCUUCUUUGUCCUUUUCACCGUCUUUUCAUUGCCUUUUUUUUUCUUUGUUUAUUAUACGGUCCAAGCCUUUCCUUCUUUGUCCUUUUCACCGUCUUUUUCAUUGUCUUUUUUUUUUCUUUUAUUAUACGGUCCAACCCUUUUCUUCUUUGUCCUUUUCACCGUCUUUACAUUGCCUUUUUUUUUCUUUGUUUAUUAUACGGUCCAACCCUUUUCUUCUUUGUCCUUUUCACCGUCUUUUCAUUGUCUUUUUUCUUUGUUUAUUAUACGGUCCAGGCCUUUUCUUCUUUGUCCUUUUCACCGUUUUUUCAUUGUCUUUUUUCUUUCUUUAUUAUACGGUUCAAGCCUUUUCUUCUUUGUCCUUUUCACCCCUUUUCGACUUUGUCCUUUUCACCGUUUUUUCAUUGUCUUUUUUCUUUCUUUAUUAUACGGUUCAAGCCUUUUCUUCUUUGUCUUUUUCACCGUCUUUUCAUUGUCUUUUUUCUUUCUUUAUUAUACGGUCCAAGCCUUUUUCUUCUUUGUCCUUUUCACCGUCUUUUUAUUGCCUUUUUCUUUCUUUGUUUAUUAUACGCUCCAAGCCUUUUCUUCUUUAUAGUUUUGACCUUUCUUUCUGUGUCUUUUUUCUUGGCGUUUAUCUUAUCAUCUUCACCCUCUUCUUUCAUUCUUAUUAUUUGCUACUCACUCCCAUCUUCUUCUUAUUCUUUAAUGUCAGCAUACUUCUCCAAAAUACUUCCCCACUUGUUCAUCUUCCUCUUCUCGUUUACGGCCAUAUCCCGUUGA